UUUUGACAUUAUUUUUGUGGGGAUACAACUCGAGGUUAAAAAUUCCAAGAGACUUAUUUUCUUCCAAGGAGUAGAUUCGGAAUUAAGAUAAGGAAUUACAAAUAUGAAAAUAAGAGCCUCUGUUCGUAAAAUUUGUGAAAAAUAUCGACUGAUUCGCCGACGGGGACGAAUUAUAGUAAUUUGUUCCAACCCGAGACAUAAACAGAGACAAGGAUAAUCCUUCGAAAAAAGGACCCAAUGUACAAAUAAAAUGAAGGAUCUGUUUUAACCUGAAAUGGAUAUAUCCGUAUAUCUCUGACUCAUAUUUAUGAGAUGAUAAAAGAUGGCAAAACCUAUACCAAGAGUUGGUUCACGUAGGAAUGGACGUAUUAGUUCACGUAAGACUGGACGUAGAAUACCAAAAGGAGUUAUUCAUGUUCAAGCAAGUUUCAACAAUACCAUUGUAACGGUUACAGAUGUACGGGGUCGGGUGGUUUCUUGGUCCUCCGCCGGUACUUAUGGAUUCAGGGGCACAAGAAGAGGGACACCGUUUGCUGCCCAAACCGCAGCAGGAAACGCUAUUCGUACAGUAGUCCAUCAGGGUAUGCAACGAGCAGAAGUCAUGAUAAAAGGUCUUGGUCUCGGAAGAGAUGCAGCAUUACGAGCCAUUCGUAGAAGUGGUAUACUUAUUAAGUUCAUACGGGAUGUAACCCCUAUGCCACAUAAUGGAUGUAGACCUCCUAAAAAAAGACAGGAAGUAGCAGUAUCUACUCGGACACUACAAUGGAAGUGUGUUGAAUCUAGAGCAGACAGUAAGCGUCUUUAUUAUGGCCGUUUUAUUUUGUCUCCGCUUCUGAAGGGUCAAGACGAUACAAUAGGCAUCGCGAUGCAAAGGGCUUUGCUUGGAGAAAUAGAAGGAACAUGUAUCACACGUGCAAAAUCUGAUAAAAUACCACAUGAGUAUUCUACUAUAGUAGGUAUUGAAGAAUCCGUACAUGAAAUUUUAAUGAAUUUGAAAGAAAUUUUAUUAAGAAGUAAUCUAUAUGGAACUCGCGACGCAUCCAUUUGCGUCAGGGGUCCUGGAUACGUAACUGCUCAAGACAUCAUCUCACCGCCUUCUGUGGAAAUUGUUGAUACUACACAACAUAUAGCUAGCUUAACGGAACCCAUGGAUUUGUGUAUUGGACUACAAAUUGAGAGAAAUCGUGGAUAUCGUAUGAAAACACCAAAUAAUGCACAAGAUGGAAGUUUUACUAUAGAUGCAGUAUUCAUGCCUGUUCGAAAUGCAAAUCAUAGUAUUCAUUCUUAUGGGAAUGGAAAUGAAAAACAAGAAAUACUUUUUCUAGAUAUAUGGACGAAUGGAAGUUUAACUCCUAAAGAAGCACUUCACGAGGCUUCCCGUAAUUUGAUCGAUUUAUUU